UGCUUGCUCCCUAGAUCCGUCAAAAAAUAUGUGGAAUCGUAUCUUCGACAAUAGAUGGCGACUCUCGCAUUAGCAUAUCAGUCGCAAUUUGCAAAGAUAAUUUCUUGUAACAUACAAUUAACGAACAGAUUAGUUUCCAGAAUUUUAUAUAAAAGAUGUUAAUGGAUUUCGUCGCAUGUUUAGAACAGUUUAUUUUUAAAAUUCGCGCUACUUCUUCAACAAAUUACGCAUGCGAAAUGUUUUCAGUCUAAAUAGUGUCAGUGUCAAUUUGCUUUUCUACAGCAACACAGUGUGUGUAGUCAUGGCGAAUCCGAGAAAAUUCAGUGAAAAAAUCGCUCUCCACAAUCACAGGCAGGCCGAGGAGACGGCGGAAUUCGAAAAAGUCAUGAAGGAAGUGAUGGAAGUAAAGGACGAACAGUCAAUUUCGGGACGAUUGCCGGCCAGUAGAGUGGAAGGAAGAAGCAGGGCGAGAUCUCAAGGCGGUCCGAUGAGGAGGCCGCACGAAAGACGUUUGGAUACGUCUCCGUACUAUCUCAGUCCACCGACGGACACGGGUUGGAGGCGAACCAAUAGCGAUUCGGCGUUACACCAGAGCACCAUGCAGGGGAUGAUGAUGGACAAAAACAACGAUUGUUCGAAUAGAGGUUGGAAUAUGUCGAUGAUGAACGGACCCGUCAGAAAUAAUCAUCAGGAUAAUAGGAGACCUCGGUCUAGUUGCGACAUACCGUCGUCGACUCGAGUAUCUGGACUUAGCAUCCAUCCGUCAGGCCACGAUCCUAGUUUAAUACAACUACCGAUCGCGAAUACCGGCUCUCUGCCUGAUUUGACAAAUGUCGAUUUCUCUUCUCCAAUUCAUGUACCUCUCGAUCAAGAACAUGAAAACUCUCCUUAUAGUUCUAAUAUGCGCUUAGAUAAUAAAAAUAUAGUAAAUAUGGUGGAUUCUUCAAAUUAUACACAAUUACCUGGUCUGACUGGAAUUUACAAUCACCACCAUCACCACCAUCACCACCAACAACAACAGCAGCAGCAACAACAACAGCAACAACAACACCAACAACAACACCAUCAACAACAACAUCAACAACAGCAACAACAACAUCAACAACAGCAGCAACAACAACAUCAGCAUCAACAACAUCAGCAACAACAACAACCAUCCACGUCGCCUUCGCCUACGUUACAGCAAUCUGGUGCUUAUAGAAGUCCAAGACCUAGUCCUCAAUCCUCGCCGAGUCCCGGCAGGCAUUCGGCGCCCUGUAGUCCGGGCGCUCAGAGUCCCUUACCCAAUGAAUAUUAUCUACUCAAUCAACAAAGUCAACAGUUCCAGCAGGAUUUCGAACAAUUAUCGAUGUUGGACCCUCCGAACAGUAUGUCCUACGUGGAUCAAUCGACGGGUGCUCAGCAAAUAAAACAACCCCAUCAAUCGUCGAAUAUACCGAACGCGAGUCCCAUCAACAGUCUCGAAAUGAGCACGGACGCUGGUUAUUACAGUACGUCGCCGCACGUGUAUCCCUCUACUUCGCCUGGAUUAAGGACGACACCAAACACUCCUACGAGUUUGCCUGAAAUUAUACUCACAGAUUUUUCGGGAGAAGACAAUUCCCGACAACUGUCGUCAGAUUUCUUCGCGGAAGAAUCACUGCGAGCCGGCCUGGGACCAUUGGAUUUCGAAGAGAUCCAAAUACUGAACUCAUCAAUAGGCAUAUCUGAAAUGGUCGAAGACAAUUUUAGGUUAGACCAUCGCUCAUAAUGUGAAAUACGGAAAUCACUGCCGAGUUUCUGUUAGCCGUUCGUGCUGCAAGUAACCCGAGGAUUUAUUGAAAUUAAAAAAAAAAUAAAACGCCCAAAAACAAUUUUUAAAUUUUAUCUUUUUGUGAACCAUGCUAUGUGUGAUCAUUAGAAUGUUUAAAAAUACCUAAUGGCAAACCAUAAAUAUUCGUGUAAAAAAAAAUAUGAGAUAUAGGCGUGUGAUCACUGUCGUUGCAAGCGAUUAUUCAUUAUUUUAUUUUUACUAUUAAUUAUUUUUAAUUAUUAUAAUCCUUUUUUUUUAUCAUAUAUUUGCUCAAUUAUGUUUUUAGCUCCAAGCGAUCACUGUUAAUGAGUAUGGUGCCGAAAUAGGGAAAAUUGCUUGCAAUAUAGGCUUUAUAAAUCACCUAAAACGAAUAUGUUCAUCUAGAAGAGAAUUUUUUUUGUAAAAAUUGGCCCCUUUAAAUUAUAAUUUUUAUGACGCGCCCUUUAAUGACAUAUAAAAAGUAUCAGACACUUAUGAAUCAUAAAUUGCAAUUGAAACAAAACAAAAACAUUAAAAUCGUGAAAUUGGUUUAAAUACGUCCACUAUAUAAAAAUAAAAAACGCCUUAAAUAGCGCCUUUUAAUGAAAUAUAUUAAACGCUCUAUUAAAACGGGCGAAAAUAUUCAAAAAUUAUAAGAGGCGCAGUUUUAUAAAAAUAUACAAAAUUAUUAAAGACGAAUUUUAAUUAAUAAAUAGUAGAAGGCGCCUUUUACCGAAAAUAUUAGGAAAAACAUAGGAAAACGUAUUUAAGCAACGCAUUUCCUCAGAAAAUAUUAAGCGGCGUCUUUAAAUAAAAAAUAUUAGGCAGCGCCAUUUUACUGAAAAUAUUAGGAACAGCCUUUUUAACACACAAGUUGCGCCUUUUUGCAGAACAUUAAAUGGCACGUUUUAAUCAAUAAAUAUUAGACGGCACUUUUUAACCGAAUAUAUUAGGAAAACCCUAGAAAAAUGUGUUUAAGUUGCGCAUUUUCUUAGAUAAUAUUAAGCGGCGCCUUUAAAUAAAAAAUAUUAGGCAGCGCCUUUUUACUGAAAAUAUUAGCAAAAGACUUUUCAACAUACAAGUUUAAUAGGCGCAUUUUAAAGAAAAACUUAUUUCAGUCGCGCUUUUUAUCGGAAAAACACAAGUUUAAGAGACGCAUUAAAAAAAAAUUGCCUUUUGACGAAAAAUAUUAAAAGGCGUCGUUUAUCCAAAAAUAUCAGGCAGCGCAUUUUUACCGAAAAUAUUAGGAAAAGUCUAGAAAAACAUAUUUAAGUCGCGCAUUUUCUUAGAAAAUAUUAAACGGCGCCUUUAAAAAAAUAUAUUAGGUAGCGCCUUUUUACCGAACAUAUUACGAAAGGCCUUUUUAACACAAGUUAAAGAGGCGAAUUUUAAAGAUAAACUUAUUUAAGUCGGGCCUUUUCACGGAAAAUUAUAAACGGCGCCUUUUAAUCAAUAAAUAUUAGACUGCGCCUUUUUACCGAAAAUAUUAGCAAAAGCCUAGAAAAACGUAUUUAAGUCGCGCAUUUUCUCAGAAAAUAUUAAGAAAUUCCUUUUUAACAUACAAGUUUAAAAGGCGCAUUUUGGAGAUAAAGUUAUUUAAGUCGCACCUUUUCACGGAAAAUGUUAAGCGGCGCCUUUAAAUAAAAAAUUAUUAGGCAGCACCUUUUAAAAAAUAUUAAGAAGAGCUUUUUUAACACACAAGUUUAAGAGGCGCAUUUUAAAGAAAAAAUUACUUUAAUCGCGCCUUUUUACAGAAAAAUUAACAGCUCCUUUUAAUCAAAAAAUAUUAGGCAGCGCAUUUUUAUCGAAAAUAUUAGGAAAAGCCUAGAAAAACGUAUUUAAGUCGUUCAUUUUUUCAAAAUUAUUAAGCGGCGCCUUUAAAUAAAAAAUAUUAGGCAGCGCAUUUUUACCGUAAAUAUUAGUAAAAUUCUUUUUAACACACAAGUUUAAGAGGCGAAGUUUAAAGAAAAACGUAUUUUAAUUGCGCAUUUUUGCAGAAAAUAUUAAACGGUGCCUUUUAAUCAAAAAAGUAGAAGGCGCAUUUUUACCGAAAAUAUUAGGGGAAGCCUAGAAAAACGAAUUUAAUAUUAAGCGUCACAUUUAAAUAAAAAAAUAUUAGGCAGCGCCUUUUAACCGAAAAUAUUAGGAAAAGCUUUUUUAACACCCAAGUUUAAAAGGCGCAUUUUAAAGAAAUACUGAAUUCAACGGCGCAUUUUUACCGAAAAUGUUAGGAAAACCCUAGAAAAUCAUUUUAGUCGCGCAUAUUCUCAGAAAAUAUUAAGCGGCGCCUUCAAACAAAAAAUAUUAGGCAGCUCCUUUUUAUUGAAAAUAUUAGGAAAAGCCUUUUUUAACACACAAGUUUAAGAGGCGCAUUUUAAAGAAAAACUGGCUUUUUGCAGAAAAAUUUAACGGCGCAUUUUAAUAAAAAAAAAUAUUAGGCAGCGCCUUUUAACCGAAAAUAUUAGGAAAAGCUUUUUUAACACCCAAGUUUAAGAGGCGCAUUUUAAAGAAAUACUGAAUUCAGCCGCGCAUUUUUGCAGAAAAUUAUAAACGGCGCCUUUUAAUCAAUAAAUAUUAGACGGCGCAUAUUUACCGAAAAUGUUAGGAAAACCCUAGAAAAUCAUUUCAGUCGUGCAUUUUCUGAGAGAAUAUUAAGCGAACAAAAAAUAUUAGGCAGCGCAUUUUUACCGGAAAUAUUAGAAAAGGCCUUUUUAAAAGACUGCGCCUUUUUACCGAAAAUAUUAGGAAAAGCCUUUUUAACACAAAAGUUUAAGAGGCGCAUUAUUUCAAUCGCGCCUUUUUGCAGAAAAUAUUAAACGGCGCCUUUAUACCGAAAAUAUUAGGAGAAGCCUAGAAAAACAUUUAAAAGCUUAUUUUAUUAGAAAAUAUUAAGGGGAAACUUUAAAAAAAAAUAUUAGGUAGCGCCUUCUUACCAAAUAUAUUAAGAAAAAUCUGGAAAACAUUUAAGUCGCGCAUUUUCUCUGAAAAUAUUAAACGGCGCCUUUAAACAAAAAAUAUUAGGCAGCGCAUUUUUACCGAGAAUAUUAGGAAAACUCUUGAAAACAUAUUUAAGUCUCAUAUUCUCUUUGAAAAUAUUAAGCGACACCUUUAAAUAAAAAAUAUUACACAGCGCAUUUUUACUGAAAAUAUUGAGAAAAGCCGUUUUAACGCACAAUUUUUAGGGGGUCAUUUUGAGUAAAAACGUAUUUAAGUUGGGCCUUUUCACAUAAAAUAUUAAACGGCGCCUUUAAACAAAAAAUAUUAGGCAGCGCCUUUUUACCUAAAAUAUUAGAAAACGCUUUUAGAGGCGCAUUAUUAAGUCAGGCCUUUUCAUAAGAAUCUUAGGGUCGCCUUUUAAAAUAAUGGCAGUGCCUUUCUACCUAAAAUUGUAGGUAACGCCUUUAAACACGAUAUUAAAAGGCGCAUUUUAAGGAAAACCAUAAUUAAGUCACGCUUAUAGAAAAAAUUAAACAGUAGAGAGGUUAAAAGGCGCCUAUUAACGAAAAACAUUAAAAGGUGCAUGAAAUGAUGCCUUUUUACAGAAAAUAUUAACUUCAUUAUAAUAUAAAAUUGCCUGUAUCGCGAUAUUUGUUUGCCAAAAUAAGUCACAAAUGGAGCAGCACAAAAAGUAUGAUCGAAUUUGUUGUAGCCGCGCCGAAUGGGAACCAAAAUUAUAUACGAGGUGUUGUUAUUGUAUAUAAAUGUUUUGUCGAACGUCAUACAUGGAAAAAAUGUUUUGAGGUUAUAGAUAGAACGGAGGAUGCAGUGUACAUUUCGAUGUAGUUAAGUUUUUUUAUAUAUAUAUCUACUUAUAUAGCUCUUUAUACUUUUUUUGUAAAAUUUAAUUAUGUUGUAAUUGUAAUUCGAGAAAUUUAUUAAUAAAAAUUGGAGGAAAAUUAAUUAUGUCAGAUAUAUUUGACGAACGAAAUCAUUUAUUUAACAGUGGUCCAAACUAUAUUAUAAAAAGUGAUAUUGAGGUAAGUUGUUCUAUAUAUUUUCUUCGAAUUUUAGAUUUUUUUAAUCUUUAGUGAAUUUUUAUAGAUGUAUGAUAUCUGUAAAGGUGUAAACUUUGACUUUUAUCACCUUCUCAUUUGAAAAUUAGUCUAGAUAUUGAGUUGAGAUUUUUAUCCAUAUUUUUUGUUCUUUUUCUCCGCAUUUUAGACUUUUUCAAUUAUUAGUUUUAAAAUGGGGAAUUUUUGAAGAUGUUAGUGAUAUCUGUAAAAAUGUAAACUUUGACUUUAUCACCUCCUCAUUUGAAAAUUAGUCUAGAUAUGAAAUCGAAGUUUCUAUUCAAAUAUUUAUCCAUGUUUUUUUAUACUUUUUCUCCGAAUUUUAGACUUUUUCAAUUAUUAGUUUUAAAAUGGGGAAUUUUUGAAGAUGUUAGUGAUAUCUGUAAAAAUAUAAACUUUGACUUUAUCACCUUUUCAUUUGAAAAUUAGUCUAGAUAUGAAAUUGAAGUUUUUAUUCAAAUAUUUAUCCAUGUUUUUUUGUACUUUUUCUCCGAAUUUUAGACUUUUUUAGUUAUUAGUUGUAAAAUGGCGAAUUUUUGAAGAUGUUAGUGUGAUAUUUGUAAAAAUGUAAACUUUGACUUUAUCACCUGGUCAUUUCAAAAACUAGUACAUAUAUUGAAUUGAGGUUUUCAUAAUAAUAUUUAUCCAUGUUUUUUUAUACUUUUUCUCCAAAUUUUAGAUAUUUUUAGUUGAUUAGUUUUAAAAUGGUAAAUUUUUAAAGAUGUCAGGGUGAUAUCUAAAAUUAUAAACUUUGACUUUAUCACCGGGUCAUUUGAACACUAGUACAGAUAUUGAAUUGAGGUUUUCGUAAAAAUGUUUAUUCGUGUUUUUUGUACUUUUUAUUUAAAUUUAAGAUUUUUUUUAAUUAUGAAUUUUAAAAUGGUGAAUUUUUAGAGAUGUGAAAUUGUAAAUAAACUUUGACUUUAUCAUCUCGUCGUAUAAAAACUAGUACAGAUAUUGAAUUGUUGUUUUUAAAAAAAUGUGUAUCCAUGUUUUUUGUUCGUUUUUUCCGAAUUUAAGAUUGUUUUUAAUUAUGAAUUUAUUUUAAAAUGGUGAAUUUUUAAUGUGAUAUCUGUAAAAAUGUAAACUUUGAUUUUAUCACCUGGUCAUUUAAAAAAUAGUAAAUGAUAUUGACUUGAGGUUUUCAUAACUAUGUUUAUCCAUGUUUUCCCUACAUUUUCUCCUAAUUUUACAUUGUUUUAAUUACUAAGUUUGAAAUGGUGAAUUUUUAAAGAUGUUAAUGUGAUAUCUGUGAAAAUGUAAAUAAACUUUGACUUUAUCACCUCGUCGUUUGAAAACUAGUACAGAUAUUUAAUUGUGGUUUUUAAAAAAAAUAUGUAUUCAUGUUUUUUUGUUCGUUUUCUCAGAAUUUAAAUUUUUUGGUUAAUUUUAAAAUGGUGAAAUUUUAAAGAUGUUAGUCUGAUAUCUGUAAAAAUGUAAACUUUGAUUUUAUCAUCUGGUCAUUUCAAAACUAGUGCAAAAAUUGAAUUGAUGUUUUCAUAACAAUGUUUAUCCAUGUUUUCUCUAGUUUUACUCAGGAUUUUAGAUUUUUUUAAUUAUUAGUAUUAAAAUGGUGAAUAUUUAAAGAUGUCAAUGUAAUAUCUGUGAAAAUGUAAACUUUGACUUUGUCGCUCGUAGUGUAAAAACCAGUCUAGAUAUGGAAUUGAGGUUUUUAUAAAAGUAUUUCUCUACGUUUUUUGGUACUUUUCUCCAAAUUUUAGAUUUUUUUAAUUAUGAAUUUUAAAACUGUGAAUUCUUAAAGAUGUUAAUGUGAUAUCUGUAAAAAUGUAAACUUGACUUUAUCACCUGGUUAUUUGAAAACUAGUAAAUAUAUUGAAUUGAGGUUUUCAUAACAAUGUUUAUCCAUGUUUUCUAUAUUUAGUCUCCGAUUUUUUAAUUAUUAUUUUUGAAAUGGUGAAUUUUUAAAAUGUCACUAUGAUAUCUGUAAGAAUGUUAACUUUGACUUUGUCACCUCUUAGUUUGAAAAUUAGGAGAGAUAUUGAGUUGAGGUUUUCAUAAGAAUAUUUCUCAGUUUUUUUUUCUACUUUGUCUCCUAAUUGAUUUUUUUUAUAAUUAUUAAUUUUAAAAUGGUGAAUUUUUAAAGACAUCGGUGUGAAAUGUAAACUCGACUUUAUUUUAUUAUUCGAAAAGUCAAAAUAUUAAAUUGCAGCUUUUUUAAAAACAUUUAUAUCUUUUUUGAAAGUUUCCUACAAAUUUAAGAUUUUUUUGAAUAUAUUAAAAAAAUUAGUUAAAACAUUAAAAUACAGUUUACAAAAACAUUUUUAUCUUUUUUUUUUAGUUUCCUACAAAUUUUAGAUUUUUUUGAAUGAUUAUUUUGCAAUCAACGAAUUUUAUAUAGACGACGUAAAAUUUUUUUAACAUUUAUUUUAUCACCGUACCUUAUGAAAAACAAAAAUGUUAAACUUUAUUUUUUACUUAUGUUAAAAAUUAAAUAUUUAUAUAAAUGUGUGGGUUACACAACGGGGAUGCCAUAUACAGAGUGUUAGGGAUAACACCCACAUAAGAGGGAGUAAAAUAGUCAUCAAAUCUUAAACUUAGACGAAUCUAAAGUAUCAGAAUUUUAGCACAUCUUGGCAACAGUGUUCGUCUAUUUCUUAUGAAGAUUAAACGUCGUAAAAAUAAUCUCAUUUCUGACUAGCUAAAAAAGAAAAUGUAUUUCUCUGUAUUUGUAGAACAAUAAUACAUAUUUUGUUUAGCAGAUCUGAUAUUUGGCUGUGGAAGAUACAUCUAUUGAUAAUUUUUAUAUUUUGCGAGAGUAUAAAUGACGUUUGCCUAAAAAUUUAAAUGUUAAUAUAGAUGUUGAUUUUUGAGACAAAGUAAAAAAAUGGUGAAUUGAAGAAAUAUUGUCCCAUCUUGCCAAAAGUGUUAUUCCUGGCGUCUUGUAUUUGAAAUAAGUGUAUAUAUUAAAAUAUACGGUAUACAAAAGCAAACGUUAAUAAUUGUUAAGAAAAUUUUCCUUCACUGUGUUUAAAACGGAACAAAAACUGCAUAGAAACGUACCCAAUAAAACAUUACACAUAAAUUCAGUAGCGCUGAAAUUAGAUCAAAAUUCUAAUGAAAAUAAAAAUGAGACUACUAGCGGCUUUUGAUUUUGCUCACUAGGAACAGAUGGCGACAGCAUUUCACUACUUAAAUUCUUAUUCUCUUUGUAACUGUCAUUAUUGUAUACUUUGUUAAUUCCAUUAAUCGUUCUUCUUAGUGAGCAAAAUCAAAGGUAGAGUGUUGAAAUUUAAUUUCCAUCUCUGCUGUCUUUCCUUUGGAUAUAAUUCAAUACCGGUUGGGGUAUUAGCAAAGAGUACCUACCCAAGAAGCGAAACUCACAUACUUUGAUUUUCUUUUACUAUACGGAGAAUGGUCGCACUGCGCAGCUUUCUGAGUGCCUUUUAAAAGGAGAUAGAAAACUCCGCCAUUUUGAACCCUUAUUACGUGUUGC